AUCCGGGUAUACCAAAUUUAUGGCCAUUUAAGAAUCAACUUUUAAAUAAAAUUGAUCAGCAAAAACGGAAGAUCGAAGACGAAAAACAACGCCAAAAGGAAGCCCGUAACGCUUUGUUCAAUAAGAAUCGUAAUCUCAAUUUUUCAUCACUUGCUGAAGACGCAUCAAAGCGUGAUGUAGCUUUUGAAAGUGGCCCUAACGAUCCCAAUGAAGCUGAAGACGAGAUUUCUACAGCAAUGGACGCUGUAGCUAUUGGCCACAAAGAUAAUUCACACAAAGCAUAUUAUAAAGAAUUCCAAAAGGUCAUUGAUGCUGCUGAUGUUAUAUUGGAAAUUUUGGAUGCUCGUGAUCCGUUAGGACAUAGGACCAAACAGUAUUUACGUAAAGAAUAUCCUACUGUGGCUUUCAGAUCUUCAACGCAAACACAGCGCAAUAAUCUUGGGCGUGCAUCUACAGCAACAAUUUCAGACAGUAAUUUACAGCAUGGUAGCGAAUGUCUAGGUGCAGACGCUUUGAUUAAUCUACUUAAAAAUUACUCUCGUAGUUAUAAUAUUAAAACUUCAAUUGUUGUCGGAGUAAUUGGUUAUCCUAAUGUUGGAAAGUCAUCUGUGAUUAACUCUUUGAAACGAUCUAAGGUGUGUGGUGUUGGAGCCACACCCGGUUUAACGAAACAUGCACAAGAAAUUCAUUUGGACAAAAACAUAAAAUUAUUGGAUUCCCCGGGAAUUGUGUUCGCUCGUGAACAAGAUGAUAAAUAUUCCGAAAUUUUAUUAAAGAAUUGCGUUAAAAUUGAACUAUUGGAUGACCCAGUUUCACCUGUUGAAUUGAUCGUCUCUCGGUGCUCGCCACAACAACUCAUGAACAGAUACAAUGUUCCUAUGUUUAAAGACACCAAUGAUUUCCUUAUACAUGUUGCUCGUCAAAGAGGAAAAUUGAAACGCGGUGGAAUUCCCGAUAUUGAGGCGGCAGCGAGAAUUGUCUUGCAAGAUUGGAAUUCUGGAAAGAUAUCUUAUUACACUAUGCCACCUACUUCAACCAAAGAUCCCAUAGUAGUUGAUA